CUCGGGGUUGGUGGGGCAGCCCCAUGUGCGGCCCUUGCAACUGUGAUGUCAGCAAAGGCUUCAACCCUGACUGCAACAAGACUACUGGAGAAUGCCGCUGCAAGGACAACUACUAUCAACCAAAAGACAGUGACACCUGUUUCCCCUGUGACUGCUUCCAUUUGGGCGCCAAUUCACGUACCUGUGACCCAGAGACGGGUCAGUGCCCCUGCAAGGCGGGUGUGAUUGGCCGACAGUGCAACCGCUGUGACAACCCCUUCUCUGAAGUGACUAGCACAGGUUGUGAGGUUUUGUAUGAGGGCUGCCCAAAAGUCUUUGACGCUGGAAUCUGGUGGCCCAGGACCAAUUUUGGACGCCCAGUAGCCAUGAAUUGUCCCAAGGGAUCUAUUGGCACUGCUGUCAGACACUGCAGCGACGAGAAAGGCUGGCUGCCCCCUGAACUCUUCAACUGUACCACCAUCACAUUCUCCCACCUCAAGAAACUGAAUGAGGAGUUGCAUCGUAAUGAAUCCACAAUGGAUGGGCAGAAAUCAAAGGACAUGGCUCGGAUGUUACAGAAUGCCACUGACCAGACCAAGAACUUUUAUGGAAACGAUGUUAAGACAACCUAUCAGCUCAUAUCCUGGAUCCUGCACUAUGAGAGCCAACAGCAGGGCUUUAACCUGGCCGCCAUGCGUGACGCCAAAUUCAACGAGAACAUAGUGAAGGCUGGCAGUGCAAUCCUGGAUGCCAGUAAUAAAGGGCACUGGGAUCAGAUACAGAGAACAGAGGGAGGUACGGCACAUCUGUUGAAAAACUUUGAGGAAUAUGCCAACACUGUGGCGCAGAACAUGAGGAAGACCUACCUGAAACCCUUCAUCAUCGUAACCGAGAAUAUGGUUUUUGCAGUUGAUUAUCUGGAUGCCAUUUAUCCAGAUGAGGCAAAAAUCCCUCGUUUUCAAAUGACUGACCAGGAGUGUCCCAAAGACCUUAAGUCAUCUAUUAUUUUCCCAGAAUUCAGUUUCAAGUCUUCAGAGCAUAAAGUUUCUCCUACAGAUUAUUCAGAAUUUCACAGCAGCUCUAAUGAAGAGCACGAUCCGGCUACAAACAAGAGGAAAAGGCAUACAGAGAGUCUGCCACCAUUUCCUGUGGCUGCAGUAAUCAUCUAUAAAUCUCUGGGCCAGCUCCUACCAGAGCACUACGACCCCGACCGCCGCAGUCUCAGGCUGCCAAACCGUCCGGUCAUUAACACUCCUAUCGUGAGCACGACUGUGUACAGUGAAGGCGAGCCAUUGCACAUUCCUCUGGAGCGACCAAUCACACUGGACUACAACCUUCUGGAGACGGAGGAGAGAACAAAACCUGUGUGUGUGUUCUGGAACCACUCUAUCACUGUUGGUGGCACAGGCGCCUGGUCAUCUAAAGGAUGUGACCUCAUCUCCAGAAACCACACCCACAUCAGCUGCCAGUGCAAUCACAUGACCAGCUUUGCCGUGCUUAUGGACAUUUCUAAGAGAGAGCACGGUGAUGUUCUUCCCCUGAAGAUUGUCACCUACACCACAGUCUCCGCCUCUCUACUGGCGCUCCUCCUCACCUUCAUCCUGCUGGCCAUCCUGCACAAACUACGCUCUAACCUUCACAGCAUCCACAAGAACCUGGUGGCUGCCUUGUUCUUCUCUGAGCUGGUCUUCCUUAUCGGAAUCAACCAGACUGACAAUCCGUUUGUGUGCACAGUGAUAGCCAUCCUUCUUCACUACUUCUACAUGUGCACGUUCGCCUGGACAUUUGUGGAGGGUUUGCACAUUUACCGUAUGCUCACUGAAGUCAGAAACAUCAACCAUGGCCACAUGCGCUUCUACUACGCCAUUGGCUGGGGGAUACCUGCUAUUAUUACAGGUUUGGCUGUGGGUUUGGAUCCUCAGGGAUAUGGGAACCCUGACUUCUGCUGGCUGUCCGUCCAUGACACCCUCAUCUGGAGUUUUGCGGGACCCAUCGCUGUAGUGGUGCUGGUCAACAUUAUUAUCUUUGUGCUGGCGGCGAAGGCGUCGUGUGGCCGUAGGCAACGUUCCUAUGAGAAGUCUGGAGUCAUUCCUGCUCUGCGGAUGGCCUUUCUGCUACUGUUGCUCAUUAGUGCCACCUGGCUGCUGGGUUUAAUGGCUGUUAACAAUGAUGUCAUGACCUUCCACUACCUGUUUGCCAUCUUCAGCUGUCUGCAGGGCAUAUUAAUUUUUUUCUUCCACAUCGUGUUCAGUAAAGAGGUGAGGAAAAAUCUGAAAAACGUAUUCACAGGGAAGAAACCAUUACCUGAUGACUCCAGUGCCACACGCACCACCCUACUGACGCGUACACUGAACUGUAAUAACACAUACAUGGAGGACGGCACACUGUACCGCUCGGCCAUCGGUGAAUCGACGGUCUCCCUGGAGAGCACAGUCAGGGAUGAAUUGGGUCAGAAGCCCAGUGUUUCAUCUGGAAACGCUAAAGCCGGACACACUGACAUUGACGGCUCACUCUUCCAUAACGGCACUAAAGCAGAUGACUCAGAUUCCGACAGCGAGCUCUCCGUGGAUGAACACAGCAGCUCAUACGCCUCCUCUCACUCAUCUGACAGCGAAGACGAAGACAUGGACUUGAAGCCUAAGUGGAAUAAUGAGAGACAACCACUACACAGCACUCCAAAGGGUACAAGAGAAGUGGACACCGUGUCUAAUCAUGUCAAGCCUUACUGGCCGACCGAAGCCAUGGCAGCCAGUGACCGUGAAGAUCCCGGAGGGGCAGAGAGACUGAGAGUGGAGACUAAAGUUAAUGUGGAGCUCCAUCAGGAAAAUAAACUCAAUCACACUGGAGAGACCACUCAGGAUAAAGACCAGCCAACACCCUCCACCCAAGCCAACAGCAACCACCAGCCUGAACAGAGGAAGGGUAUUCUAAAGAAUAAGAUCACAUAUCCUCCUCCACUCACAGACAAAAACAUGAAAAACAAACUUAGGGAGAAGUUAUCGGACUACCACCCCCCCACCAUCUCCUCCAGAGCGCCCUCUUUAGCUUCUAAUGAUGGGGGCAACGGCCACAACGUCCUAAUCAAGCCCCCUCAUCGGCUGGCCGUCCCACCACGAGAGCAGGAGAAUGGCAUGGCCUUGAAUCUGAGAUCAGGAACUGUUAAUGGCGGCAACCUGUCAGACUCUGAGAAACCUGAGGAACUUCUGCCCUCGUGAGGAGCCUUGACAGUGGGAGGAAGGUGAAUUACCCAAAGACCCUCCCUAUAGGCGCACCUUGCUCUCCAGUGUGUCCCUGGGGUCCAGGCUCCAUUGGAGAAUAGUAUUACUGCAGACAUCUGCCUGUUAAACGAAUGAUAAGGAAAGAAAAGGGAAUGUAUGUAAAUAUGCAAGACGUGGUCAGCGAGGAUUUAUGGAAACUGUGCCAAACCACUAGAUGUGGGACUACAACCCUCCCAGCAUGCCGAAUGGCACGCUCUGACCGAGUGACAGGUGGACUUGAAGAGACACAUAAGACUUUGUGUAAUUUUGUACAUUUUACCAAUAGUGCUUCUUAAAACUGUGCAAACUGUGCACGGUCACACAAGGCUGGAACUGUGUAGAGACAUUUUCUGGUUACGAAGCAUAAAUCACGGAAUGCUGAAAUUUUCACUAAGUGCCCGGCUCGGCCCGUCUUCAUAGAGGAGAUCCGUCUCUUAACUAAUACCUUCCUCGUGUAAUUACUGUGUAGAUGUAUAUUUUUUGUUGUUGUUUUGAAAUUGUAAUAUUUUAAGGCCAUUUGUAUAUUGAAAAGCGUUUUAAUAACAUUUGAUGCAAGAUUAUUUUUAUCCAAUGUGGUUAAAUCAAAAAUGUUUUGUACUUAGUAAAUAAUUUGGGCUUCUAUGGUGCUGUAGUCCCGAAACACAAGACUAAAAGUCUAUUAAAAAUACUGUUCGACUUUAACAAUAUUCAGUGGCGAUGUUUAAUAACAUUCGAACUGUGAAGAGAAACCCCAUAGACUCAAGGAAAUGAAAAUGAAUGUGUUUUAUUUAGUAAUUAAGUGACAGUUCACGGUUCAUAUUCCAAAGAAGCAGCAGUGAAAAAGACUUGCAGGUGUUCGAAAUAAUUUCUUAUCACAAAAGACACUGGAUUUCUUAUGACAUAGCUGUAUUUAUUUUUAUGUUUUGAGACACUGGACAAAAAUUG